AUGGCCUCCUCAACAACAUCAGGCCUUGGCGUCCCCAGGGACACGGACCGACCCGUGUCCUCGGCCGCCUCCACCCUUGCCGGCGAGCGCACUUCCGUCGACGAGAAGCCGGUCGACACCCCCAAUGCCGUCGCAGGAGCAGACCCCGAGAAGCAGGACAGCGAGAGCGUCAUGAAGGGCGAGCAGGAUCCGGGCUCGUCCGAUGAGCUUUCCGAGGACGAGUACCCCAAGGGCAUCAAGCUGGCGUUCAUCGUCGUCGCCCUUGUCCUGAGUAUCUUCCUCCUUUCCCUGGACAUGACCAUUGUCGCGACGGCUAUUCCCAAAAUCACAGACGAGUUCAAGGGUCUCGACAAGGUCGGGUGGUACGGCGCCGCCUUCUUCAUGACCGUCGGCGCUUUCCAGUCAACGUGGGGCAAGGUGUACAAGUACUUCCCCCUGAAGACGUCCUUCCUCCUCGCCAUCCUCAUCUUCGAGCUCGGCUCCGUCAUCUGCGGUGCCGCUCCCAACGCCGAGGCCCUGAUCACCGGCCGUGCCAUUGCCGGCGUCGGCGCAGCGGGCCUCGGAGCCGGCGCCUACACCAUCAUCGCCUUCUCCGCUCCGCCCAAGAAGCGCCCCGCCUUUACCGGUAUCCUCGGCGCCUCGUACGGCAUCGCCAGUGUCAUCGGGCCCCUCCUCGGCGGCGCCUUCACCGACCACGUCUCGUGGCGAUGGUGCUUCUACAUCAACCUGCCCAUCGGCGCCGUCUCGGCCGUCGUCAUUUUCCUCUUCUUCCAGACGCCCCGCAAUGCCGUCCCCGAGGAGGCGCCUCUUCUUGAGAAGUUCCUCCAGAUGGACCCUCUCGGCGUCGUCCUCGUCAUGGGCGCCACCGUCUCCUACAUCCUGGCCGUCCAGUACGGUGGCGUCGCGCACGCCUGGAACUCGUCCGUCGUUGUCGGUCUCCUCGUCGGCUUCGUUGCCAUCGUCGCUGCCUGGGCCGGCCUGCAGUGGUACCAGGGCGAGCGCUCCAUGGUGCCCCCGCGCCUGGCCAAGGACCGCACCAACCUGGUCAUGAACGCCUACGCCUUCCUUCUCGCCGGUGGCUUCUUCGCCGCCAUCUACUACAUCCCCAUCUACUUCCAGUCAGUUCACGGCACCAGCCCGACGGCCAGCGGUGUCCGCAACCUGCCGUUCAUCAUCGCUGUCACGUUCGGAACCGUCGGUAGCGGCGCCUGUGUCACUGCCACGGGUCUCUACCAGCCCAUGCUUCUCGGCGGCGGCGUCCUGGCCACCAUCGGAGCCGGGCUUCUGUACCUCCUGGACGUCGACACCUCUACUGGCAAGUGGAUCGGCUACCAGAUCGUCGCCGGCGCCGGCUGGGGCAUGGCUUUCCAGAUUCCCAUGAUUGCCGUGCAGGGCUCGACGACGCCCAAGGACCUGGCCUCGAGCACGGGCAUGCUUUUGUUCUUCCAGAGCAUUGGAGGUGCCUUCCUCGUGUCCGGCGCGCAGUCUGCUUUCAUCAACCAGAUGGUGCCAGCCGUGCUUCGCAACGCUCCCACAGUCGACAUGGCCAAGCUGGUCCUCACCGGCGCCACCGAGAUCCGAAAGGCGUUCCCCGUCGAGCAGCAGCCCUUUAUCAUCGACGGCUACAUGACGGGCCUCAAGGUCGUCUUUGCCAUCUGCAUUGCCUGCACCGGCAUCGCGACCAUGGUCGGCCUGGGCACCCGGUGGAAGAAGCUCAAGCAGGACUCCGGCGCCGCCGUCGGCAUGGCUUGA